UUACUUUUGGUGUUCUUUAUUUGUCUUGGCUUAUCGGUCUUGCGUUUUGAGUUGUUCAUGCAAAGUUUCUUGAGAAGCGAGAGUUCAGGGUUACCAGAGUACGGCAAAGAUUUAAGAUGAAAUACAAGCAGUUACCAGGGCAAACGCAGGGCUGCGCUAGCAAGCACAUCUGGCAACCUUGUCUUAAGCUUUAGUACCUUGAGGAAGUCCGAACCCGUCUUCGCAAUCUCAGUUAGAUUUGUUCUGCGCCGCAAAAAGACACACAAGAGUAAACCAACGUGGGAGAAGAAAUACUGCCCUCCGACGCAGAAAGUUUCUUUACAGACUCGCAGACGGUUUCCUUCUUCAUUGUGUUUACUUAUUAGACGGGAAUGCGAUGGCUACUCAGAGCAACCAGGAUUAUUUCAGAUCCGCGAGUAAUGAAUCGUCCUCAUACAUGAUGGUUCCUACGAACAAUCGGAGUGAUGCGCCGUCCAAGCUGUGGAUUGCAAUGGUCGUUAUUAUUGUGGUGGUGCUGCAAAUAGCCUCCACUACAGGAGUCUUUCUCUACUUGAACAUGUCGAUUUCUCAGGUGAAGAGUCAGGGCAUGGAAGAGGAGCUGCGCUGCCUCGGUCUGCUUAACGCGCUGGACAGGGAUCACGAUGUGCCCCUGGAUCUGGCCCCGCUGCUGGGGGAGCCCUGCGUCAGGCUGGCCGAGGGGAUCCGGGCUUAUAUCUCCAAGGUGACUGAGAGCGUCAUCUCCAGGCACACGUUACAAGAAGCGAGAAACCUCCCUCGCACGUCAUUCAAUGUGACGGGGUCGAAGUUUGUCACCAUAGCAACGCAGAGGCCAUCGGCCCACCUGACACUCCGGGACAGCAGUCUACAGGGGUCUUCCCACCAGUUCCAGACCCCCCAAGCGGACCUGCACCAGUCCUGCCGCCACCAGGUUCGCUCCUGGGGGAACCAGAGCUUCGGCUCUCACUUGUACAACAUGAGCCUGGCCAACGGGCGGCUCCGUGUGCCCCAGGAUGGCCGCUACUACCUGUACUCGCAGGUGUACUUCCGCUACCCGACACCAGGCGAGGGCGACCAGGACGGUGGCAGCCACCAGCUGGUCCAGUGCAUCUACAAGAAGACCUCGUACCUGCGGCCCAUCCUGCUGCUGAAGGGCGUGGGCACCAAAUGCUGGGCACCUGAUGCAGAGUACGCGCUGCAUUCUGUCCAUCAGGGGGGGCUCUUUGAGCUGCGGGCGGGCGACGAGGUUUUUGUCUCUGUCUCCUCCCCCAACAUGGUGCACGCUGAUGACUCCUCCAGCUACUUCGGUGCUUUUCGCCUCGACCUGUGAGCGUCGGCUUG